AUAUGCGAGGUGUUUAAUCUGUGCUUAUUGUUUUGUUUUGAAAUCGGUUUGAGGUUAUGCAGAACGAAAUGUCUGAAGUAAAAAAUAAAAAUUUUUGCUACGAAUGGUGCGAAAAUGAGCCGCCUUCAAAAAAAUUAAUAUCCGAUGGGGACAUCUUAAUUAAAAAAUUGGUGGAAAAUCAAAAAAAGACCGACAUAACCUUACAACAGCAUUUAACUCAUCGCAAAGAAUUCGAAAAGGGAGCAGAUAUUACACCGUUGUCACGAUAUAACCCGGGCACUUCUAAUCUUUCAGAUAUCCUAAGUUCAACGAAGCACUUUAAUGACAUUGAACGCUUGAAGGCGGCCGGAUUAACAGAUCAAGAUGCGCAAUUAUACUUGGAUAGUUUGAAUGGUAGCGACUAUUUGCAUCACAACCACAAGAAUUGGGAAAAGUCUUUGUUGCAGAAGCGUUUAGAGCAAUUGAAGGGUUUAGUUCAACUACACGAAGCAAAAGCAUCACAAUCUACAGAAGAAAAGAAUCUAUUACAGUAUGGCUUGACAAUCAAACCAAACAGUAUAGAAACUAAGUUAUUGAAGUUUGCGUUAGGUAAUACAAAGCAAACACCAUCUCACCCAAUUACAUCAGUCGAUAUUAAGGACAUUGAAGCACAACGCUUUCGGCAUUUAAACAAUUCUAACUUAGCCUCAAUAUCUACCAUUCGUAAAAAAUCUAGAAAACUACAAAGGAGAUUAGAUAAAACCUGCAAUGUGCCAGAUGUAUCAACUCCAGAUUUACCACUAAAUACUAAAUCUAAAUGGGACUUGAAAACUGCUGUAGAAUCUGUACCGAACAUACCAUUUGUCCAGAAGAAAACCUAUACAUGCUCACCUAGGUCUUACUAUACCAUACAUAAUGGAGAAAUCGUUCCAUUGACAAAUUCAGGUAUACCUGAACAACACUUGGUUGCAACAAAACUGAGCUUAGACGAGAUAAAGGCACUACCAAGGUUUAAGGAUUACUCGCCUGGAAACCCGUCAAAGGUUCUGUACCUGAAAAAUCUGGGCAACAGUGUAAAAGAGGGGGACUUGCACAGUUUGUUUAAGGGAUUUGCUGACAGUGUGACAGAGUACAAACUAAUGAAAGGACGUCUUAGAGGACAAGCAUUUGUUACUUUCGAAGAUGAAACUAGCGCGUGUAGGGCCUUGGAGGAACUUAAUGGCUCCGUAUUAAGGAAUAAGCCGAUUAUAAUACAAUACAGUUGUGGAAGAGGAUGAUUCUAUCAAGUUGUUUUAUAUAGGUACAGUGAUGUAUGUAGUGGGGGGUCAGGCACUGUAAGGGGAAGAAAAUUGAUGAAAAAA